AUGAACCCUAUCAGACUUGCGCUGGUGGGCGCUGCAUCUAGAAGAUCCUCAAGUCUCUCGCACUCUUCUUCCUUUCGAAUGGCCGCCGUAGCUUCCAACAGACUAUCAGCAGAAACCAGAAGGAUGAGUGGCGGAAACAGCACCCAGAGCCGGAGCGCUUCCUCGGCCAAGAUCAAGGUCAAGAAUCCCGUCGUCGAGCUCGAUGGCGACGAGAUGACCCGAAUAAUAUGGCAGGACAUCAAGGACAAGUUCAUCCACCCUUACCUCGACAUCGACUUGAAGUACUACGACUUGGGCCUGCCUUACCGAGAUGAGACUGACGACAAGGUCACCGUCGAUGCCGCCGAGGCCAUUAUGAAAUACUCGGUCGGUGUCAAGUGCGCAACAAUCACCCCAGAUGAGGCUCGAGUUGAGGAAUUCAAGCUCAAGAAGAUGUGGCUUUCCCCCAACGGCACCAUUCGAAAUAUUCUUGGUGGCACCGUCUUCCGCGAACCCAUCGUCAUCCCCCGCAUCCCUCGUCUGGUCCCCGGCUGGCAGCAGCCCAUCAUCAUCGGCCGUCACGCCUUUGGUGACCAAUACCGUGCCAAAGACGACGUGAUCCGCGAAGCAGGCACGCUGGAGAUGGUCUUCACACCCAAAAAUGGAGGAGAAGCCAAGAAAAUCAAGGUCUUCGAGUUUCCCGAGACGGGCGGUGUCGCGCAGACCCAAUACAACACCGAUGACAGCAUCCGAGGCUUCGCACACGCGAGUUUCAAGUUCGCCAUCGACCGCGGAUAUCCUCUGUACAUGAGCACCAAGAACACCAUUCUCAAGGCGUACGAUGGGCGCUUCAAGGACAUUUUCCAGGAGAUCUACGAGAGCGAAUACAGGAAGGAGUUCGAGGCCAAGAAGAUCUGGUACGAGCAUCGUCUCAUCGACGACAUGGUCGCCCAGAUGAUCAAAUCGGAAGGCGGCUUCGUCAUCGCCAUGAAAAACUACGACGGUGACGUCCAGUCCGACAUUGUGGCCCAGGGCUUUGGGUCUUUGGGUCUCAUGACCUCGCAACUCAUCACCCCCGACGGUCUGACUUACGAGUCCGAGGCCGCCCACGGCACAGUCACAAGACAUUACCGUGAGCACCAGAAGGGCCGCGAGACCUCGACGAAUCCCAUCGCCAGCAUCUUCGCGUGGACUCGCGGCCUGGUCAAGCGUGGCCAGCUCGAUGACACCCCUGAGGUCGUCACAUGGGCUGAGUCGCUUGAGAAGGCCGUCAUUGACACCGUCAACGACGACCAGAUCAUGACCAAGGAUCUUGCGCUAGCUUGUGGCAAGAAGGAGCGCGAGGCCUACGUCACUACGUCCCAAUUCAUGGAGGCCAUCGAGCGCCGCUUCAAGAAGAAUCUCAGUGCCGAGGGUUUGGAAUCGGUUGCCAAGAAAUGA